AUGUUAACACUCCAACAGACAGCCGAUGUAUUGACUGUCAAACCAAGAACACCUAACAUAUCUUUCAACCCAUCAGAUUGCCAAACAAACUCGGAUAAUCUGGAUGACCCAGUGGUAAUUUCUAUCCAAGCAGGGGACCUCCUGGUAAAGAAAGCCCUUCUCGACCCUGGAAGAAGCGCGGACGUCCUUUUCUAUUCAACCUUCAAAAAGAUGAAACUCAGCGAACGAACCCUGUUACCAUCCUCGAGAGAACUAAUCGGGUUUUCAGGGGAGCGAGUGUCAAUCCUCGGCAGCAUCUGGCUUAAAACGACCUUAGGAGAGCAUCCCAUGAGUAGAACGAAGGACGUACAGUUCCUCGUCGUCGAUUGCAUUAGCCCAUACAACAUCAUUCUGGGCAGACCUUUUCUAAAUUCCUUUGGUGCCAUUGUCUCCACGAUCCAUUUGUGUGUCAAAUUUCAGGUACAAGAGGACCAGAUAGCCACAAUACAUUCCGACCACAUUGAAGCUUGGAAAUGUUAUAAUGAGAGCUUGAAAAUCAAAGCAGACAUCCGACAAGGAACACGGCUGGCCCAAGGGACAUACAAUGUUGCCAACAUCUCGGGUACUGCCGAACUCGAUCCAAGAGGAGAUCUCCAGGACAAACCAGCACCAAUCGACGACCUUGAAAAGGUACAAUUAGAUGACAAUGUUAACCACUAUACUUAUAUCAGCUCUUCUCUCCUUUCAGGAACAAAACAGAAGAUAACAACCUUACUACGGCAGAAUGCCAACCUUUUUGCCUGGACACCGGCAGACAUGCCCGGCAUAGACCCAGGCCUCAUAUGCCACAAAUUACAAAUCGACCCAAGAGCACGGCCUGUUUCCCAAAAGAAGCGCAACAUGGGAGACGAGAAGCGCACAGCAUGUCUCGAGGAAACACAAAAACUCCUCCGAGCAGGAUUUAUAGAGGAACUCCGAUUCACAACUUGGCUAUCAAACAUGGUUAUGGUAAGAAAAGCCUCAGGUAAGUGGCGAAUGUGUGUUGAUUUCACUAACUUGAAUAAAUCAUGCCCCAAAGAUGCCUAUCCACUCUCAUGCAUAGACAAACUGGUAGAUAAUGCAUCAGGAUAUAAUGUUUUAAGCUUUUUAGACGCAUAUUCUGGUUACAAUCAGAUACUAAUGCAUCCAAAAGAUAAAGAUAAGACAGCUUUCAUAACUGAAUUGGGAAAUUACUGUUAUACUGUUAUGCCUUUUGGACUUAAGAAUGCAGGGGCUACCUACCAACGCCUCAUGGACAAGGUCUUCAAUAAACAAAUAGGGAGAAAUUUGGAAGUAUACGUCGACGACAUGGUCGUCAAGACUCAACAAGAACACACCCAUGAUGUCGACCUACAAGAAGUGUUCGGUCAGUUAAGGAAACAUAACAUGCGACUUAACCCGGAGAAGUGUGCCUUCGGGGUUAAAGGAGGAAAGUUCCUGGGCUUCAUGUUGACAUCAAGAGGCAUCGAGGCCAAUCCCAAAAAAUGUGAAGCAAUCAUUAACAUGAGAAGUCCCCGGACAAUAAAGGAAGUCCAAAGACUAAAUGGAAGGCUAGCCGCACUCUCUCGAUUUAUACCAAGUAUCCUCACUCGACCCGAGGUCUCAGGAAGACUCACCAAAUGGUCAAUAGAAUUAUCUGAAUUUGACAUAACAUACGAGCCGAGGACGACAAUAAGGGCGCAAUUCUUAGCAGAUUUUCUAGCCGAAUUAACAGACCAAGUAGAUGAUGAACACACUUGGGAGCUCUAUGUAGAUGGAGCUUCAAACUCAGAAGGAUCGGGAGCAGGUGUAUAUCUAACAGACAAAUCCGACCUCCAAGUGGAACAGUCAAUCAGGUUCUCAUUCCAAACAAGCAACAAUCAAGCCAAGUAUGAAGCUCUACUCGCCGGACUUCGACUUGCACAGUCUUUAAACAUAACACAACUACAGGUAUACUGUGACUCGCAACUGGUGGUACAACAGGUAACCGGGAAUUUUCAGGUAAAGGACCAAUUGUUAGAAAAAUAUCAUGCACUGGUAAGAGAACUCAUACCUCAGUUUACUUCAAUACAAAUCACACAUAUAGCUCGGAAACAAAACACCCGAGCAGAUGCUUUAUCAAAACUAGCAACAACUAGGAAAUGUAUGCAUGAUUCUGUUAUAUCUCAGCUAACCCUCGCUGAACCGAGCUUUAGCAAAAGAAUAUUCUCUAUAUCACAGGAACAAGACUGGAGGGCAACAUACAAACAAUACCUACAAACUGGAACCAUACCAACAACUAUCACAGACCAAAGAGCAUUCAAAAGGCGAGCAGCAUCCUUCACACUGAUAGGAACAGAACUAUACAAACGAGGUUUCUCCCAACCACUACUAAGAUGUCUAAACACGGAUGAAGCUAAGAUCGCCAUAGACGAGGCCCAUGAAGGAGUAUGUGGUAACCACAUUGGAGGAAUAAGCCUGGCAUCUAAGGUUGCCAGAGCAGGUUAUUAUUGGCCAACAAUGAAGAGCGAUUGUAUCGAAAAGUUUACCGAUCAAAACCUGGCAGAAUUUUUGCAGGGUUUCAAAAUUAAGCAUCACUUUUCAUCAGUAGAACACCCGCAAACAAACGGACUCGCCGAGGCAGCUAACAAAGUAAUUCUCAUCGCACUUAAGAAAAAGCUCGGCGAAGCCAAAGGAGAAUGGGUGGAGUUAAUCCCAAAAAUACUGUGGAGUUACAAUACAACAAAACAAACAACCACCAAGGAGACCCCUUACCGACUUGUCUAUGGCGCCGAUGCAAUGAUCCCAGUCGAGAUUGCCCUAACAUCAGGAAGAACAACACAAACAUCAGCACCAAACAAUGACAACAUCAGACAAGCGGAAUUGGAUAUAAUAGAGGAAGACAGAUACAAAGCUGAGAUGAGGCACAAAGCAAUGCAAAGCAUAAUAAAAAGAAAAUACAACAAGAUGGUCAAACCCAGGUCCUUCGCCGAAGAAGACCUCGUCUUAAGACGAACGGAAGAAGCACGGAAACCACAAACACAUGGAAAACUCGCAGCAACAUGGGAAGGCCCUUACCGAGUAAUACAAAUACUCGGCAAGGGAGCAUAUAAACUUCAAACAAUAUAA